AUGCCCUUAAGGGCAGUACCGCCUCCUCUACUGUGCCACUUGACCUACAUGGCGUCCCAAACGAGUGAUGUAGUAUGUUCCACCGAUCCCUUCACCCGCCUGCCCAAUGAAAUACUUCUCCAUAUCUUCUCCUUCCUCGAAGCUGACCAGUUACUGCUAUGUGGUCAAGUGUGUCGACGCUGGCGCCGCCUCUCUCUUGAUUGGCACCUCUGGCAGGUGAAGCUUUUCGAGACGCGUUGGUGCACUAUUGUCUGUCCUGAACCUCCGCCGCGUGAUAUGCCCAUUCCCCUUCCAAAAAGUCCGCUUCAUGAUCCAUCAUCUAUCCAUCCGCGUACUGUCUACCGCUUUCUCAGCCAGUACAUUCCCAAAUGUGACGGCGGUGAUAGCGGCGAAAUCGAUGACACUCCUUCCCCUCCAUCUACUCCCUCCACUGUCCCCGAAGCUCACACCUCCCACCUCUCUGCAUUCGUCCAUUCCAUAAUAUAUCACGUCCGAGGUCUCCUUCCUUCUCGCACCUCCAGUCCCUCUAACACCUCAACCGCAGGAGUCUCUCCUGACCGGCCAAGAUUUGCACUUUUCGGUCCAGGACUGGAUCACCGAUGGACAAGUCGGCUAUUCUGGAAGAUGGUAGACACGCGCACUCGCUCGUUUGAGCCCAUCAAUGUCUUUACUGGUCACAUGGGCUUCGAGUCGGGCAUCACAUUACGUCUUUUUGCCCAAGCACAGCACGCUGUGAUGGACGAGUCUACACGAUGCUCCAGCUCCACUAGGAAGACCGCCAGUGACUCUCCAAAGCCCUCGAUCACAUCCACGACGAAUCGCUUCAUAUCCUGCCUCUCCGCACCUACUGCACCUCCGAUUCGGUCCUCUGAGGCGGAGAGUAAUUCCCCACCACUAGUUCAUCACUCCACUGAGUACCCCUGCCAGUGUCAUCAACAUGAGGACUUCACUUUUGACCUCUCCUAUCUGUACUCUCUACCACCACAUUUGAAGCAUGUCUUCAAUGACCAGUAUACUCGUCUGCGUGUUAGUAGGCUCUUCUUCCAUCAGCAAGACGUGGAGCUUGGGGAAGAGAGGGAUGUUGCAUCGGAGACGUUGCUUUCGCACCUUGAGGUGACCCAUGAGAUGCGGGAGAUUUGUCGCAAGUUGGAUGGCCUCAUCUACGCCAUCGAUGCAAGGGAGUCUGCGGAGCAAUUGACUCUCCUCUAUCACGAGUUGAGGGCUGUGUUGGGCGCCUUUCCUGAGCGCACGGGUCGACGCAUCCCUCUGGUAGUUCUCUACAUCAUGCCCAAGGAGGACAUUAAGUUCCAAAAGACUACAGUGGCAUCAACAUCUGCUGCGCCGCCUCCGAUGGUGUCAAAACCAGAACUUGUGAAUCGAGACAGCUACAGUGGGGCGGAAUACACAGCAGCAUGGCAUGAUUCCAUCCUUUUGGUCAUUUCAGCCUUGAAGCUCUUCGAGUUGCCAAACCCUUGGAGGCUCCAAAAAUGUUCAAGCAAUGAUAUCAAGACUCUUAUUCAGAGCCUCAUGUGGUUAAAUUUAAAGUACCUUCGUCCUGUGGCUGUGUCAGUGACAGAGGGAUAG